ACCAGCUUUCAUAAAUCUCAUUUCGUUAUAUUCAUACUUCCCAGUUUCAAAUUAUUCUGAAAAAAAAAACAAAAAUAUAGUUUAAGCAAAACAGCAGAACCCAGUGCUCGCCCCGCUUUUGAAUCCGAAAAGAUCCGGAAAAGAGGUUCGGUUCCUCCGAUCCGCCGUCGCUGCCACUCGCCGCGAGUCCCAGAUCCUCCCCAAGGCAUGGACUUCUGACUGAAAGGCGCGCUUUAAGAGGUUUGUUUGUAGUUUCCUGUGUGUCAUGGAUUUGGAUAAUUCGGAAGCCAACUAUGGGCUUCAGGCUGCGCUUGAAAAUGGUGGUCAUGGGCAGCUUAGUGGUAAUGGGAGUGCCGGCGAUACUACUGUUACACAGGCUGCAAAUGGCAAGUUCGAAAAUGUGGUGAACUCGGAUGAUGGUGUGUCUAAUAACUCAUCUGCUGGAGAAGUCAAAGAGGAAGCCAGUGUCAACUCUGGAAGCAAUGGUUUGAGAAUUGCCAAGGAAAGGGGACCUAAUGGUUCUGUUCAGUCGAAGCAAUCCAAAGUGCAGAAGGGUCAAGGUAAGAAUAAGAUUGAGAAGCCGCCUAGUCCCAAGAGCGCCUUGCCAAUUUUAAGGAGGAAAAGCAAAGAUGGAAAUGAUGCUGAGGCAACAGCUGCUGUUUCCAAUGGUUCCGCAGCUCCACGGGUCAAGCAGCCUAACAAGAUUAGACCAUCGAAUGGCCAACAGGUUCAGUUAUCCAAUGUAAAUAUCAAUCAGCAACCAAAACAUUCUGAGGCACCUUCAACUGAAGGCCUUGUGGAGAAAACAGACUUGAAGCCACUGAACAAAGGCUCCUAUAAGGGUGAUGGAGAAUCACAAUCUUCCUUAAGUCCCACAGAAGGAGAUAAACCGCCUAGGAUGGGUACACUGCCGAACUAUGGUUUCAGCUUUAGGUGUGAUGAACGAGCUGAGAAAAGAAGAGAGUUCUACACCAAACUUGAGGAAAAGAUACAUGCAAAGGAGAUGGAGAAGAAUAAUUUGCAAGCCAAGUCUAAGGAAACUCUAGAAGCUGAGAUUAAGAUGCUCAGGAAGAAGCUGACAUUUAAAGCAACUCCUAUGCCAAGCUUUUAUCAGGAGCCUCCACCUCCUAAGGUGGAGCUAAAGAAGUUACCAACAACAAGAGCCAAGUCUCCUAAGCUUGGUCGCAAGAAGAUCUCACCUCCCGCAGAUUCUGAAGGAAACAGUGAUACCAAGAGUCAACCUGUCAGGCUUAGUUUGGGUGAGAAACUUCCUCAAAAUUCUGCCACAGGACCUUCUCCUGUGCAUCCAAAAAAGCCUCUAAGAAAGUCUCUUCCUAGUAGACUGCCAUCUGAGAAGACCACUUUAUCUAGCGGGAAGAAUGUGCGGAAAGUAACUACCAAGGCAAUAAAUGAGGAAAAUAACAACUUGAUCGAUGCAAUGAAUGAAGAGGCUGCCGCAUUGCCCAAUGCAACAAAUGAAGCUGGACCUCACACCCAAGAGCAGGAGGUGGUUCCUAGAGCUGAGUUAAGUGAACCCUACACCCAAGAGCCAGAAGCGGUUCCAAGGGCUGUGAUAAGUGACGAGCAGUCCCAUUCAGAUGAUGAGACAGUUAAUGAAGCAGAACAUCAUCCCACCUUGGUUCAAGAGCCUAUAGCACUGGCGAAUUGAGCAAAAAAGUAUGGACAUAAGUGGAUGCACAAUGAGAAACCUCAAAAGACUCCAUUUAUGAAAAUAAGAAACGUAUUUAGACCCGAAUCAGUAGACAAAGAGGGCAUGAAGAACUUUGGAUUAUGGUUUGUCUGUCUUGUCUGUAUUCAGCAGCAUGAUUGUUUCGCGUGCUUGCUUUCAGGGGUUGCUGGUCUUGUCACCGGGAUACUACAUCCCAGUUUGCAGCACUGUAUGUAACUAUUUUCCAGGUUGUUUCCUAAUUUGUAUGUUUAAGCAUGCAUUAGUUACCAGAUAAUUAGAUAUAUUUGGGAAAAUUUUGAAAACCUCCGCUAGAUAGUUCGUGCUUGAAAGUAUAUCAUGUUUAAGCUCUUCUGUUGUUGAACAAUUGGGAACUGUGAAUCAAUCAAGGCUGAUUUUGUGCUGUA